CCGUGUCCGAUUACAGACCACGACCUCGCUCUCCUUCCAUCGUCUGAUAGAUCAAGACAGCUAGCCGUCGUGUAUCGAGAGGGUUUCUAUCUCGAAGGCUCGUUGCUCCCACGACGCUAUCGCCAGGGACCGACGACAAGAGCGGCGCGAGACGGGGAGCGUCCAGACAUUCCGUCUCGGGAUAGUUGAACAGGUUGAAUACGAGUUACAAUCUUGUCUGUCCGACAGCAGCAUCUUUCUGACGAGGAACGAGACCGCUCAGACAGAUCGGACGUCGAAAAAGCAAAUCGUAUCGGAUGACCCGAAUAUAGCCUCCUUGACCCUUACCUCCCACUUCUCUCACAACACCAACCACACGCCAAAGAUGGACAUCGAUUCUCCCCCUUCGAAUUCGUACGACGACCUCCCCCUCUCCCCAGCUCAACACGCCGGACACUCUCAUAUAAACCUGCCACACUUCUCAGCCUCCUUCCCGCUACCUUUUAGGGUCCUCACGUUGGUCGGACUGGAGAUCUUGCUCUGGGCGGUGAAUCUACACGUCUUGACGAUCUUGGGGGUGGAUGCGGGUGGGGCGUUGGAUCUGUCGCAGGAUAUCGAGAAUGAGCAGGACGGAGGGGACGUUAAUAAUAAUGUUAACGAUGGGAGCUUGAGUUUGACGGAUGAAGAGGAAGAUGAAGAGAAACCUCGGGUGCUCUUCGAUGGGGAUCACAACAACGAGCCGGAGUUGCCAGCGAGCAGGAUCAUCAGGCUAGACUCUCCAUCCCCUAGCACCCCUUCUUUCCUCCCCCCUACCACCUCGUCACGCCGUCCAUCUCGUCGUACACGCCGCCGGACAGACCUGCACAAGCCUAUCUACAUGCUGUUCGUCAUCUAUACCCUCUGGGUGGGAAUGGGAUGGACGGCGUUUAGGUACGCUACGGGGCAAGCUGAGGGAGGGGAAGAGGAGGUCGAGAUGGAUAGGUUUAGAUGGGUUAUAGGGGUCAUCGUUGGGGGACUGGUGGUCGGGUUGACGUGGAAGAGAGGGUUCUUGGCACGGUCGGAGAGGAUGGGGUUGUUAAGAUCACUCAAACGUAUCCUCUCCCCACCUUGGGACCACGCUCCCUUUUUCGCCGACGUGAUCCUCGCCGACGUCCUCACCUCCUUUGCCAAAGUCCUCGGCGACCUCGUCGUCUCCUCCAACCAGAUCUGGUCCGGAGGCUUGGCUCAAGGACGAGUCCGGAUGAGCGGCACGGGGAAUUACAUCAAACUCGCCAUGGUCUGCUUGCCUUACUGCUUGCGGCUCAGGCAGUGUAUACAGGAAUACCUCAUCCCGCAUCAGACUUCUUCGAGGCCGCUCUUUAACGCUUUGAAGUACGCUUCGGCGUUCCCGGUGAUCUUCCUCUCUGCCGCGCAGAGGAACGUGAUGAAGGAGAUUGCCGAGAUCAAGGGGCUGAGCGUGGAAGUGCUCGAGAAGCAGAUGCAUGAGAGUCAGAGCAGGUGGUUCGGAGAGAGCAGGACGUUCAGGUUGUGGCUCCUGGCCGUGUUGAUCAACUCGUUGUUCUCCUUCUGGUGGGACGUCUCCAACGAUUGGGGUCUGGGCAUACUCCAAAGCUCGACCUGGUUCAAAGCCCCGGUGACAUCGUACAGUGCACGUACGACCCCGGAUUCCCGGGCCAACAUCGUCUACCGCAACUUCAGACGACUCGUACGGUCGGUAGCUGCCUCGUUGGGUUUCGGAACGGAUUCGGGUUUGGCGGCAGAAGAGUUCGAAUUGGGGCCUCAUCGACGGUCGCCGUUCCCUUCGCCUGGUCUGGGCGGUUCUACGCAGUUGCCAGGAAAUCCGGAUAGGGGCGAUCAUCAUGCCCCGCAUCUCCAUCCGACGUCCCGAUCUGGGUCUUCCAGUGCACCGUUCGCUGGAGCAGGACCUACCGGACCCUUCGGACUCCGACCGAGGAUGCUCUUUCCUGACCCGUUCGUGUACUACCUCUUCAUCCUCCUCGACCUCGUCCUCCGGUUCACCUGGUCCCUCAAGCUCUCUUCCCACCUACAUACCAUCUCCGAGAUCGAGAGCGGGGUGUUCAUCAUGGAAGCGCUCGAACUGGGUCGACGGUGGAUGUGGGUGUUUUUGCGGGUAGAAUGGGAAGAGGUCAAAAGGUUGGACGCGAGGGCGCAGGAGAGGAGGUACGAGAUGGAGGAAGCUAGACGGGUCGGGAUCAACGGGUCGACGCAGGUGAACGGACUCGGGUUGGGUCUGUUGCAUCAGGUCGACCACAAGGCGCCUAUCGUUAGGUAAAGAGACGAUGUUGGGGGGUUUCAAGUUGAAUUGCAUUCAUGGUUUGUAAGAGAGCGCCAUGACCUAGAUGCGAAAAUGAU